CAUUUCGUUGUUCCCCACCACCCAGACUCCCCUCUCUUGUUUCACUCCAAAACCCUAAACCCCACCUCCCCCUCUCAACUCCUCUCCCACUCGUAUCCAACGUUAUCCUAGGUUUCGCCUAUCGACAAAACUUCCACCACAAGAGAGCAGAACACAAAGAGUGAGCUCCCCCUCCCUAUAGAAUGGAUGUGUUGGCGCCCCCAAAUCCCCUCCAAACCACAUUCCCACUGAAUUCUAGGGUUAGGGUUCUCCUCUAUCCUAUCUCAAUUCCCUCUACCCCUUCCCUCAGUUCUUUCCUCGGCCUCGAAUCCCGCCCCAAAACCACCAGCCCCACCCGGAGAAAACCCCGAGUCGGAGCUAUCUCCGCCAUCUCCGGCGGCGGCGCCGCGGUUUCCAGAACCUGGAACGAGCGAUUCACCAAUGGGGGGCCAUGCGACGACUUCGACGCCUUCAAAAGCAACGACGAACUCCGCCGCCUCGUCCGGAGCGGGGAAUUGGAGAAAGGCCUCGCUUUUCUCGAGAGAAUGGCGAUCCGGGGCGCUGUUCCCGACGUAAUCCCCUGCACCAGCCUCAUUCGCGGCUUCUGUCGUGCCAGCAAGACCAAGAAGGCCGCCCGGGUGCUUGCCAUCGUCGAGAAUUCCGGCGCCUCCCUCGACGUCAUUACCUACAAUGUCAUGAUCGGCGGGUACUGCAAGUCCGGCGAGACCGACAACGCCCUUCGUCUUGUCAACCGGAUGAGCGUCCCCCCUGAUGUCGUCACCUAUAACACCAUCUUCCAGAGUUUGUGCGAGAGAGGGAAGCUUAAGAAAGCACUUGAGGUGCUUGACGGUAUGCUCCAGAGAGGCUGCACCCCUGAUGUCUUCACUUACACUAUUUUAAUCGAGGCUACGUGCAAGGAUAGUGGUGUUGGGCAGGCGAUGAAGCUUUUGGACGAGAUGAGGGCAAAAGGUUGCACGCCCGAUGUGGUUACUUUUAAUGUUUUGAUCAAUGGGAUUUGCAAGGAAGGGAGAUUGGAUGAGGCGAUCAAGUUCUUGAACAAUAUGCCAUCUUACGGGUGUAAUCCGAAUGUCAUAAGCCACAAUAUUAUUUUGAGAAGUAUGUGCAGCACAGGGCGGUGGAUGGAUGCUGAGAAGCUGUUGGCCGACAUGGUUCGGAAGGGUUGCUCCCCGAGUGUGGUGACUUUUAAUAUUCUGAUCAAUUUCUUGUGCCGGAAAGGGUUGUUGGGGCGCGCAAUUGAUGUGUUGGAGAAGAUGCCGGAGCAUGGGUGCACACCAAAUUCUUUGAGUUACAAUCCAUUGCUGCAUGGAUUUUGUAAGGAGAAGAAGAUGGAGAGAGCUAUCGAGUAUUUGGAUGUAAUGGUUUCAAGGGGAUGUUACCCGGACAUUGUGACAUACAACACUUUGCUCACUGCUCUGUGCAAGGAUGGGAAGGUUGAUGUUGCUGUUGACAUGCUUCAUGAGCUUGGGAGCAAGGGCUGUACUCCUGUCCUGAUUACUUAUAACACUGUCAUUGAUGGGCUUUCAAAAGCUGGGAAUACUGAAAAGGCUUUGGAGCUUUUGAAGGAGAUGGUCGGAAAGGGUCUCCGUCCUGAUAUUAUAACUUAUUCAUCACUUGUUGCUGGUCUCAGUAGAGAGGGUAAGAUCAAUGAGGCAAUCAGGAUAUUUAAUGAACUGGAAAAAUUGGGGAUCAGACCAAAUGCAAUAAUUUAUAAUUCGGUUAUUUUGGGACUCUGCAAAUCCCGGCAGACGGAUCGUGCUAUUGAUUUCUUUGCUUAUAUGGUGUCGAAGGGGUGUAUGCCCAAUGAAUCGACCUACACUAUUCUUAUUGAAGGUAUGGCUUAUGAAGGGAUGUCUAAGGAGGCCUUAGAUUUGCUAAGUGAGUUGUGUUCGAGAGGAGUUGUGAAGAAGAGCUCCAUGCAGAAUGUUGUUGGUAAAAUAUAGAUACAAGCAAGCACAUUUCUUUAGAUUUUGUAUGUGUUACAGAUAAUGGCAGUCUGCAGAUCCCAUUGAUUUUGUCAUCUGGCAACUGACUGAAAUCAUUUGCCAGUUUCCUGCAUCAGCAUAAGAAAGCUUCAACAGUCAUGCGAGAUGAAAUCUAUCCAAGAUCAUUGUGCACUUGAGUUGUGCAAUUUCAGAGACCACAGGCUUGUUAACAUCUUGUAUAUUUUCAGUCAUGUUGGCAUGCCAACUCCUGUUUUUUCAAACAGCUUCUCAUGCUGUUUUGCUUUGCUUGAUGUAUACUUCAAGGAAGGGAUGCCAACAUGGAUUUUGUAUUGUCAUUGGUUCAAUUUUAUACCUCAUUGUAUUAUACUGUUUCUUACAUGGAUGCAAAUCUGAGCUUAAGUAACCAUAUGCAGUGUUCCA